GCUAUAAAAGAGCCUCCGUCAUGGGCUUUGCCAAAACUCUCGCUGGCGUUUACGCAUCCUUGCAACCUCCUGCGAACAUCCCUUCUCAAACAUCACAACGCUUCCAGAAGAUUACGGACAUGUCAAAAGUUUUCAAGAAGACUAGCGGCAACGGUGGCCUGACGCUCUACUUGGGAAAGAGAGACUAUGUGGACCAUGUCACCAGUGUCGACCAAGUCGAUGGCGUCGUCAAGUUGGACACCUCAAACUUUGGGGACAGAAAAGCGUUUGUGCAGCUGGCUUGCGCCUUCCGCUAUGGCAGCGAUGACCUGGAUGUGAUGGGCCUGUGCUUCCGCAAGGACAUUUGGAUCCAGCAGGUUCAAAUCUACCCGGACGAUCACAAGCCGGCGCUCACCGCCAUGCACGAGACGCUCAUCAAGAAGGCCGGAGACGAUGCACGCCCUUUUACCUUUCAAAUUCCCAAUAACCUUCCGUGCUCCGUAUCGCUGCAGCCUGGUCCGGAUGACAAGGGGAAGGCUUGCGGUGUGGACUUUGAGGUCAAGACGUACCUGGCCAAUGAAAAGUGCAACCCUGACGAGAAGAUCGAAAAAAAGGACACGGCGCGUCUGAUCGUACGCAAGGUCCAGUAUGCGCCAUCCCAGGUGGGCGCCGGGCCCAAGGCGGAAAUCUGCAAGAGCUUCAUGAUGUCUGACAAGCCCGUGCACCUGGAGGUGUCCCUCGAAAAAGAUCUGUACUUCCACGGCGAGUCUAUCCCCAUCAAGUUCAAGAUUAGUAACGAGAGCAACAAAACGGUGAAGAAGAUCCAGGUCAAUGUGGAGCAAACUACCGACAUUGUCCUCUACUCUGCCGACAAGUACACCAAGUGCGUCUUCACCAAGGAGUUUGGCGAGACUGUAGAGGCGGGCGGAUCGCUGGAGAACACGCUGAGCAUCGUGCCACUGCUGUCCGAAAACAAGGAGAAACGCGGUCUGGCGCUGGAUGGACGCCUCAAGGACGAGGACACCAACCUGGCGUCCACCACCGUGUUGCGUCCGGAUGUUGAGAAGGAAGUACUAGGAAUUCUGGUGUCCUACAAGAUCAAAGUCAACCUGAUGGUGGCCGGAGGAGGCUUGCUGGGAGGACUCACUUCCAGUGACGUCACCGCCGAGGUGCCACUGAUGCUCAUGCACCCCAAACCGGAAGAGUAAAGGCCGCACUUUUGUAGAGGAACCCGGUCUGCAAGUGGAUGGACAGGCCAGAAACGCAGACAGGAAGUGACACGUGUGACCAACAACUCAUGAAAACAACGUCUGCAAAUAUACACAUGCGUGACUCACUAUUAUUUUGAUGUGUACUAUUAAACUUUCAUCGUAUGUUUCUGCCUGGUCUUGUCAGAUUAAAUAUUUAAACGUGU